AUGGCGCCCGGCUUGGUGGAGCAUGUUGUCGCAGAUGCGGGAGCAUUUCUGAAGAAAGCUCCUCUUCAGGAGAUCGGUAAAACCAUCUACACUCUAAAGGACGUAGUAGAGGAAAUCAGGGACAAACCGACCAGACGGAGUUUGUCCUUCCUGCCGUACGACCUGAAGUUCAAAGAGCCACUUCCGGAACACAUACGGACAGUGACAGAAUUUUCCAAGAAGACCGGAGACUAUGCAAGUUUGUCUGCCACCGACAUCAAAGUCUUGGCUCUGACGUAUCAGCUGGAGCUGGAACAUGUGGGCGCACAGCAUCUGAAGAAGGAACCAGAUGUGAAGGUCAAUAUUCAAAGCACCAGACGUCACCCAGAGACACCAGUCAAUGUGGCAGGGUUCCACUUUCCAUCCAAGAAAUCCCCCAGUUCAAAAAGCACACCAUCACACACACGGAAAAACUCCUGCUCGGAGCCACAGAGCAACGAAACCGAACAGUUCAACAGUUUUAAUUUCUGGAGGGAGCCGCUGCCUUCACUCAGUGACGACCUGCUGAGUUUACUGGACCCAGUGGCAGAGGACUCCACAGAGACUGGACCAGAGAAGCGGCCGACGCACACAGGCACAACAUCUCAAACGACGACAAGCAGUGAUGAGUUCAGCAGUUUCCACUUCUGGAGAGAACCGCUGCCUUCGUUCGAUGAGGAUCUGCUGAGUUUAUUGUCUGACAGCGGCAUUUCAGAGCCUAAACUGGACUCCGGUCUCAGCGAGGACUCUGACAAGGAGAAUGAACCACAGGAGGAAGAAGAGGAAGAUGAGGAAGAGGAAGAUGGCGGCGGCUGGAUCACUCCCAGUAACAUCAAACAGGUUAAAUUGGAGUCCGGAGACUGGAGCCAAGCAGAGGACGUCACCGUGGGCUGUCUCACCACCGACUUCGCCAUGCAGAAUGUCUUGAUUCAGAUUGGACUCCACGUUCUGUCUGUGAACGGGAUGGUGAUCAAACAGGCCAGGAACUACAUCCUGCGCUGCCACGCCUGCUUCAAGACCACCACCCACAUGGAGAAGGUCUUCUGUCCUCACUGCGGCAACAGGACUCUGAAGAAGUUAGCGGUGACGGUGAACGAGGACGGAUUCAUUCAGAUGCACUUCUCCAGAAACCCCAAAGUGCUCAACCCCAAAGGACUACGGUACUCUCUGCCUCAGCCUCAGGGUGGCAAACACGGGGAUAACCCUCACCUGGUGGAGGACCAGCGCUUCCCUCAGCAGAGACUCUCCCGGAAGGCGCGGCAGAAGACCGACGUGUUUGCCCCGGACUAUGUGGCCGGCUCCUCGCCCUUCAGCCAGAACGACAUCUACAGCCGCGCCGCCAACCUGCAGCUGCGCGACGGUCAGAGCGGAGCGGGUCGGCGCCGCGCCAACCCCAACGCCGCUUGCAAGAAGUUUGUGAAGAAGAAGUGA